UCCGAAGCCUCUGCUGUGUGGAAUGCGGCAGGAUGCGGACUGACGGUAGGAAUCGGUUAAAUUGACGGCAUCAACGAGAGAAGAAGCACAUGCAAACGCGGAAGGGGGCGAGGGCGGGUUCCAAGGCUGUUUUCCCAUUCGUUCGCUAAGCGACAAUCACUCGCCCGCAAGGUCUCAUUCGUCACUAGUCUAUAGUCAGUAUGCCAUAUCUGGGUCACGCCGUAGCCGCUUGUCGCUCCGCCGCCGCCAGCCCUCGCGGCAUUGCCCGGGGAUUCACAGCCCAACAAAGCCCAUCAGCAGCUCUGCGCGGUAAUCUCUCCCGACCACGACUUUUCCAACAACAGCAGUCCCGCUAUGCCUCUUCCAACCCGCCAACCCCUCACCCAGCAGGCCACAAGCACGUGGGCAUGUCGCUUCCAGUGAAGCUAGUGUUUGCUGCUACUGUAGUGGGUUCCGGGUACCUCUGGGCUGCCGAGUUCAAAUCGAGAGAAGACCAUGCUAGUUCUGUGAGCAAAACGGCCGAUGAGAUUACUAGCAAAGUCGCGGAAAAGAAGGCAGAAGCCUCUGCCGCGGUGGGUUCGGCCGCGAGCAAAGUAAAGGAUGCAUCGGAAAGCAUCAAAGGCAAGGUCAAGUCGACUGCCGAAUCCGUCAAGGCGAAAGCGGAGGGAGAAGCGGAAAGGAUUGCUGGUGUUCUCGAAGGUCAGAAGGGAAGGGCGGCAGGGGAAGCGGAGAAGCUCAAGGCCAAGGCUGAAGGUGUCAAGGCGAAAGUCGAAGGGGCAGUCGACCAUGUGAAGGGCAAAUUGGAGGCCAAGAAGCAGUCUGCAUCCGACGCCGUAGAGGAGGCGAAGGGUAAGGCUAAAGUUGUUGGCCAAGAUUUGAAGAACAAGGUGUCAGCAAAGAAGGAGGAGGCCGAGGACUUGGUGGAAGACGGAAAGAGGGCCGCGGCGGAGAAGGCUGGUCAGCUGAAGCACAAAGUCGACGAGAAGAAGUCUCAGGCAUCCGAUGCCAUCGAGGCUGGGAAGCAGAAGGCCAAGGAAACUGGGGAGCAGCUGAAGGCAAAGGCUUCGAGCGCAAAAGCGCAGGCAUCGGAAGCUGUUGAGGCUGGCAAGGAGAAAGCUCAGGGUCUUAAGGAGGAUGCAAAAGACAAGGUAAAGGCCGUGAAAGACGACGCCAAAAGCAAAGUUGAGGAAGGCAAGGCCAAGGUAGCCGAAGCCAGUGCGGCGGCGGCCAAAGAGGCAGAGUCGGCCAAGGACAAGCUUGCGGAGAAGGCGUCAGAGCUCAAGAAGGAUGCGUCCGCCAAGGCGCAAGGGGUCCAAGAUGCUGCCAAGGAGAAGCUUUCUGCAGCAGGAAAGACCGCGAAGAUCGCCGGCCAAGCCGUUGCGGCAAAAGCGUCCGCCCCUAUUGGGGACCUUCACCUCGAACCCCUGGACAAUGAUCCUACCGUCGUCUUUGUGCUCGGAGGACCGGGCGCUGGAAAGGGUACUCAAUGUGCCAACCUGGUCCGCGAUUACAGCUUCGUUCACCUGUCAGCCGGUGACCUCCUCCGCGCCGAGCGAAACCGCCCAGACUCGGAAUACGGCGAGCUGAUCAACACCUACAUCAAGGAAGGUCAAAUUGUGCCCAUGGAGAUCACCAUCGCAUUGCUGCACAAGGCCAUGAAGGAGAGCGGCGCCUCCCGGUUCUUGGUUGAUGGGUUCCCGAGGAAGAUGGACCAGGCUCUCAAGUUUGAGGAAGCGGUUGUCCCCAGCAAGUUCACAUUGUACUUUGAGUGCCCCGAAGAGGAGAUGUUGAAGCGUCUGCUGAAACGAGGGGAGACCAGCGGUCGGGUAGACGACAAUCUCGAUUCGAUCAAGAAGCGCUUCAAAGUGUUCGAGGAGACCAGUUUCCCUGUCAUCAAGUACUACGAGGACCGCGGGAAAGUGCGCACGAUCUCGUGCAAACAGCCCAUCGACAAGGUCUACGCAGAGACCAAGCGUGUUGUAGAAGAGCAGCUGGACGAAUAGAUAUAUAUGUAGGAUUUGCAGAAGAGAAUGCACCGCUCGUCGUAGAGACUCCCUUCAUAUACCGUGCUGUUUAUCUCCCAUCAUCAUUCCCUUUCGUUCAACAGAAACAUAGACACUGUGUGACUGAUGAAAGUCAUGUGCCUGUUGCCGACGAUAGAUCAAUAGCUGCAGCUUCUCUUUGAUCAAGACAGCGGUGAUAUGGGGGAAGCAAGAA